AUGAGCCAGAUCCGCAGCAACAGCAGCAACAGCAGCAACAGCAGCAGCAGCAGCAGCAGCAGCAACAGGUCGACGCAACAGCAGCAGCAGCACACCUGCAGCAGCAGCAAUAGCCCCACACAUCCUCCCCCCAGCACCACCACCACCAUCAUCAUCAUCAGAACCACCAUCAACAGCAGCAGCAGCACCAGCAACAGCAGCAGCAGCAGCAACAACAACAACAACAAUAACAACAGCAGCAGCAGCAGCAGCAGCAGCAGCAGCAUGCACGAGCAGCGUCAUAGUUCGUUGUAUGGGCCUUCUUCUUCUCCUUUGCCCCCCCCUCGUCCUUCUUUAUUAAUAAAUAAAAAUAAAGAGAGGCAGCUGUCUAUACAGCAGCAGCAGCAGAUAGUAGUACCUCUUCCUUGUGAGCCACCAUUGGAUAUGAAUUGCCAAGAAAUUCCUUCUGCUUGGAGAGUUGCUGAUCCAGACUUGCCUCCUCAUCUGCUGCCGCAGCAAGAGACGCAGCAGCAGCAGCAGCAACAGCAGCAGCAGCAGCAGCCGCUGAAGCAGCAGCAGCAGCAGGAGGAUGAGGAGGAUACACAGUCUGCUGCUGCUGGGGUGUGGGACUAUGUGGCAUUACACCUCGGAGAUGUAUCUAAGCUACGUUGCUGCGGGGUAGUGACGGGCAUAGAUCGUUCUUUGCGUAUAUAUGGGGAAGGAAGAGCCUUCGAGGGUGCAGCACAGAUAUUCUCUGCUGCUGGUCCUUGGCUGCACCUAUUCCUGCAGCAGCAACAGCAGCAUCUGCAGCAGCAGCAACAGCAGCAGCAUAGACUCAUGCAACAGAAACAACUACAAGGAUGCACUACUGCUGCUGCUGCUGUUGAUGCAUUCCUUGCUGUUGCACAAAAAAUGCAUGCAGAGCUGCUGACCCCACAACUGCAGCAACAGUGGCCACUCUCCCCCCCUGCAGCAGAAGCAGCAGCAGCAACAGCAGAAGCAGCAAUAGGGCCAGCAGCAGCAGCGCGAAGAGCAGCAGCAGCACUGAAUGGUGCAUGCAGGGACUGCGGUCCAUGGACAGCAGAAGCGGCACUAUCAGAAGCAGACGCAGCAGCAGCUGCUGCAGCAGUAGAAGCAGCAGAACCAGGAACAGCAGCAGCAGCAGCAACAGCAGCAUUAGCAGCAGCAGGAGAUAGGGUCCCUCUUCCCCCUCAUUUGCUGCUGCAGCGCGGCUCUCUUGUAUUAACACCAGGGUUUGCUGCUCCUCCUCUCUUCCUGCUGCACUGUGUUGAGCCUAACGCUGUGCUGCCGCGGCAGCAGCUGCUGCAGCAGCUGCUGCAGCUAAUAGAUUGUGAUGUAAAUGAAACAAAGAUGCGGAAGCAGCAGCAGCAGCAGCAGCAAGAGGAGCGGCAGCAAAAAGCCCCUUAUCUGCAUGCAUUAGAGGUUUGUUAUACUCGUGCCUUUGAUGCUGCUGCUGCCUUGGGGCUGCAAACCCUCGCUGUGCCGCUGCUGGGUACUGCAGCAGGAGGAUAUCCUCUGCAUGCAGCUGCAUAUUGUGCUGCUGCUGCAGCACACCGCUGGCAGCUGCAGCAGCUUCAGCAACAGCAGCAGCACAAGCAGCAGCAGCAGCAGCAGCAGCAGCAGCAGCAGAGGCUUAAAAUUGUUUUUUGUACCCCUGAGAGGGAUGAGUGGCGAGCCCUCAAUAUUAACAUAAGGAGGCGCAUGCAGCUAUUUACUGCAGCGGCUUAG